AUGUCGACUACAUCCACAACAGCAUCAACCAUCUCCACAUCAACAACAUCAACGACAACAAUAACCGAUACUUCAACGACAUCAACAUCUACCACCAGCACGACCACUACUACGGAGACCACGUCUACCAUGUCGACUACAUCCACAACAGCAUCAACCAUCUCCACAUCAACAACUUCGACAACGUCAACGACAACAACAACCGAUACUUCAACGACAUCAACAUCUACCACCAGCACGACCACAACCACAACACCAACUCCACCUAUUGCUGUUAGCAGUAACGUAUCUUUUUGCGGUUGUUCAAAUUUCAUCUUGUCCUUGACCAGUAUCUCGUUCAAUACCACCAAUGCUAUCUAUCAAUGGGAAUCUUCACUAACUGGUCAGAACAUUUGGUAUAAUAUCAGCACACCCAGUGCUACCUCAUCAUUGCUUGUAGCAAGCCAAGCAAGUUCAACCGAUUAUCGAUGUCAAAUCUUUGUUUUGUUUCCAUCACUCAUGAAUUUGAUAUCGUCGAUUGUAACUGUCACGAAUGCCUUCUGCGCACCACGUGUGGUGAGUUGUGCUGCGGGUGAUACUGUAAACGAUUUUGUAUUGAUGGGGGAAGUGGGCACACUGAUCUAUGAUUUGGCAACAGGUUGUGCGGCAAAUAGUUACGAUAACCGAACUAACGAAUCAGUCAGUUUGGCGGGAAACAUGAGCUAUGUUGCUUUAGUAUCAAGCCUGUUUUCGGGAGAUAAAUUCUCAGUCUGGAUUGAUUUCGAUGAUAACUGUGUUUUUGAUUCAUCGGAAAUAGUAGCAAAUCGAUCGUUAAAUGCAACGCGUGAUACACCUGUUAUUGUGUCCAUCCCUCCCAUCGGUCUGGUAGCCAAAACUGGUGUUCAUCGAAUGAGAGCAACAUUGUCCUUCAUAUAUGUACCUAGUCCAUGCAGUCUAAAUAAUACGCUCGGCGAAACACAUGAUUAUGCAGUGAAUAUUUUAACAUAUACACGUAAGUUGUAUCAUAGGUAG